CGCAGGGAGGUGGCACACUGAACGAAGGUGGUAGCCAGCCUUCGUUGCGCAGGAUAAAAGUAUCGAAUAUCAUUGCUUGUAAGACUUGACUCCAUGAAAGUUCGAGGCACUUUGGGGUCCAAGAUUACCAAGUGCCUACCUAAUUCUCGCCUGUGACAUUAUCUCGUUGAAACCACAGCAGGCGCAACCGGAAAGCGAGGGCUCGCACCGCUUACCGUCCAGUUCCCCCCGCCCUUUCGAAUCCCGUCCAGUCAUGGCAGGAACCAGCCAAGCACUUGACCUCAUUGCGCAGCUCAGCAGCCUUACUGCCCAGCUUGCCUCGGAUGGUGAUCAAGGCGCACGGAAACAGGCGCUAUCACUCAGCAGACAGCUCACAGCAUGUCUAGAAGUUCCAGAGAACACUGCCGUGGACUUGGCAUUUUCUCCGUUCCUGCCCGUGGCUGCAAGAAUUGCAGUUGAUCUGCAUCUAUUUGAGUUCAUCGCAAAUGCAGAUGGCCCACUCACCUCUGCAGAGCUUGCAUCUCUUUCGGGAGGAGAAGAGCUGUUGAUCAUCCGAAUCUUGAGGCCCAUGGCAGCCAUUAGCUUCGUUAAGGAGGUCGCUGAACGGACAUGGACCGCUACUCCCGUUACCAAGGCCAUGGCGACAGAGGAAAUUGCCGCCGGCCAUCGCAUGGUCGGCGAAAUGAUCGUCGGGGCCGCUAUGAAGGCACCCAAGUACCUCAGAGAAGCCGGCCACCGAUGCCCGACUGAUCCUAGCGACGGCUUCAUGCAGUACGCCUUCCAGACAAAGCUGAGGACCUUCGAGCUCUUCAGCUCGAUGCCGCAAGUCUUUAAGGACUUCAACGCGUUCAUGGGAAAUACCAUGGGAGCUAGAAGCUACUGGGUCGAUUGGUUCCCAGUUCAAGAUGGGUUGCUUGAUGGAGCUACAAACGAGUCUGCUCUGCUCGUGGACGUGGGCGCCGGGAAGGGUCAUGACCUGAUUGCCUUCCAUAACAAGUAUCCCAAUCGAGGGCGAUUGGUGCUGCAGGAUCUGGCUUCCGUGACAAAGAGCAUCCAAGACAUUGACCCUGCAAUCGAGCUCAUGGUGUAUGACUUCUUCACUGAACAACCCGUGAAAGGUGCACGAGCAUACUUCUUCCACCAUAUUCUACACGAUUGGUCCGACGAAAUAUGCCUGCGGAUCUUGGCUCAGGUCCGCGCAGCCAUGAAGCCAGGUUAUUCCAAGUUGCUGUUGCACGAGAUGAUCAUCCCCGAGCAGGGCGCCUCGCACUUUCACGCCAUGCUCGAUAUGACCAUGAUGUGUUUCAACGCCGGCAUGGAGCGCACUGAGAGGGAGUGGCGGACACUGCUCGAAAAGGCGGGGUUGGAAGUGGUCAAGAUUUGGUUGCCGCCGCAAGAAGAUGCCGACGGCAUCGUGGAGGCUAUCCUUCGGGAAUAGCUCGAGAGUAUAGCUGGUGCUUUCAUAGGCUCUUUCUUGGUCAAGCCCCAACUGACUUCCUGUGUAUGUAAACACAGCGCGGACUAGGUAUCUAGUAGGAUAAAGCUAAAUGAAGGCCACAAUACUCAAUUCAAC